AUGACGAACAUUGCUAUCCGUGAACUGGCUGAGUUUUUGAAGAAAGAUAACCAUGGCCUGGCGAGGGGCAACAGCGAACUUACUGAACUAAGUGUAAGUUACAAUGAUGGUUUAACAGCUGAAGCUGCUGAAUUUUUAAGCGAUGCUCUGAAAAGUGACAACUGUAAACUUACUGAACUGGAUGUAAGCGACAAUGAUUUAUCGGCUGACAGUGCUAAAUAUUUAAGUGAAGCUUUGAAGACUGACAGUUGUAAACUUACCAAAUUAAAUGUAUCUUGCAAUGCUUUAACACCUGAUGGUGCUAAAUAUUUAAGUGAUGCUCUGAAGAGUGACAACUGUAAACUUACUAAACUAGAUGUAAGUAGCAAUGAUUUAGCGGCUGACAGUGCUAAAUAUUUAAGUGAUGCUCUGAAAAGUGAUAACUGUAAACUGACUAAACUAAAUGUAAGUGACAAUGUUUUUACAGCUGAAGGUGCUAAGUAUUUAAGUGAUGCUCUGAAAAGUGACAGCAGUAAACUGACUAAACUAGAUGUAAGUCGUAAUUAUUUAACAGCUGAAGGUGCUGAAUAUUUAAGUGAUGCUAUGAAAAGUGACAACUGUAAACUUACUAAACUAGAUGUACAUGAUAAUGUGUUUACAGAUAAAGGUGCUGAAUAUUUAAGUGUUGCUCUGAAGAGUGACAACUGUAAACUUACUAAGCUAGAUGUCCAUGAUAAUGUUUUCACAGAUAAAGGUGCUAAAUAUUUAAGUGAUGCUCUUGAGAAUGACAAAUGUAAACUUACUAAGCUAAAUGUAAGUCACAAUGGUUUAACAGCUAAAGGUGCUAAAUAUUUAAGUGAUGCUCUGAACAGUGUCAACUGUAAACUUACUAAACUGAAUGUAGGGAGCAAUGGUUUUACAGCUGAAGCCGAAGGUGCUAAAUAUUUAAGAGAUGCAGCUCUGGAGAGUGAUGGCUGUAAACUGCUUUGCUAA